GAAAACAUUUUAUAUUGUUUGUGCUGGUAAAUAAUGCAUAUUUGCAUGUAUGUACAAUUAUAUGCAUUUAUGUGAAUAUCUGCAGUUUUCUGCCAGUAGAUGGCGGAGGUUGGAAACUGCACUUUUGACUCAGGCAAAAAAAAAAAAGAAAGUAUUUUUAAAAGUAGUUAUUAGUGUUCAGAUUUUAAUUUUUUGUGGUUCCACUAAACUCAAUGGUAAACACUGAGUGGCAAAUAUCUCUUGAUCACAGACGUUUACUUUCCCCCCACUUUUUGCACUUGUCAGACACAUGGCUGUAUAAUCACCAAUGUCCUGUUUUGUUAUUCACACACUUAACUUUUCAUAAAGGAUGUGAUUUUCUGCAGUCAUAAUGUUUAACAUUUUAAAUAGGUCGACUUGAUAUUUCUUAACUCGUGUUUAGGGGGUAAACCAAAGUUUGAUAGAUUUUUUUAAGAAACCCAUGUUGGCAGACACCUUAAAAAUCUUAUUUGUUUCAGUCAGUUGCACAUGUAAAUGAAUGCUAAAUGCUCCGUCAUACAUUCUUUUUACUGAGAGAAUCUGAUUCAUCCAAGCCCCGAAAAUGAUCUCAUCAAUCCCACACCCACCCAACGGUCUCCCACUUUUUCUCUGUCCAUUUCUGUUCCAAGCUCCCCCUCCUUUCUCCUCCCCACUUAAUUUCUCUUUUUAAAGAAAAACAAUCCCUCCUCCUUGGCAAAGGCUGUGCUCUAGUCUUAAUGACACCAGAAAAGUAAAAACCCAUCCAAUGACAAAGAAGCCAAAUAUUUUGUGAAUUUCCUUUCAAUAUUCUAAGUAAAUAUUGCAGAAAACGACCCAUCUCAAAAAUAAACAGACAACAGAUUCUCAAUGUGGCAGAGCUGAAAAUAUUGAGGUUCUCUUUGGGAGUGAGAUAGGAAUGCAAUCAUCAGAGGAACAACACAAUGAAAAAAUACAGUUUGAGACCAGACUGAACUUGUCCAGAGGAGGGACAGUGGGUAUAUUGAAGGAUGUUAGGGAUGCAGCUGCAGCAGGCAAAGAGAAGACUGUGUAGUAAAAGAGGACCGAGUGAGAUGAAGGAUGACUCUGGACCCCUGAAGAGGGAACAGCUGUAAGAAGAAAGUAGUUUGGUUUGAUAGUCACGUAUUACUCAGAUUUGAGCCCAAAUGGGCAUAAUCUUUGGUUCCACACACAUCUCAGUAAAGCAACUGAACUGUAAAUGUUUGGCUUUCCAUCUGGACAGAUGGGUCCUCAUAAUUGCUGUAAAACUUGACAGGCCUCUUUCUGUAUUUGGCGUUACCUUGAUAGAUUCAAACUACAAACCAGGCAGUACUUUUGCCGGAUGAUGGAGUUUAACCCCGUUUCCAACUUCCACUGACGUAAUCUCUUACAAUAUACCAACAGUAGUCUUCGGUCCUCUGCAUAAGCAGUUUUCUACAGUAAAAUGAAGACCAAACUGGAUCUAUCAUGUGCACAGAUCAUGUGCUCUUGAAUUGGCUGCUUUGURCUGAACUCUGUUAAGACCCUGGAUGACUUUAUAGCCUACCCCACCUCCUAGUCAUUUGGCCUGGACUCAGUUAUGACUAUAAAACUGGCCUUUCCAGCGUUUUAAACUAACAAAACACAAAUUUCAAGGACGAAUUWMCUAAUUAUUCUUGAUCAACUCCUGUUUCCACAGUUCAAACCCUGCCUCUUGAGGUCUGUGCUGAUUUGGUGAGCAUGGGGUUAAGUUUUUCUCUUCAGCCGAGCGUUUAUCCCUCAUAAUGGGAUGUGCCACCGAGUCGCUCUGCUGGUUUUAAGCCUCAGCAGGUCAACAUAUUCAKCUGAAGAGGCGGUGCGACACGGGCUGAGCCUGUCUGCAGGGAAAUGAGCUGAGCCGCUCGGCCGCCGUGAUUUCACCGCCGAGAAGCCUUCUUGAUGGUGACAUGUGGAAAUCGGUGGCUGAUCGGAGCCACGUGUCGUCGUCGCGGGGUGAUUUCUAUUAGGACCUGCUCGAGUCGGAGUCCAGGACUGAAACGAUUUUUCCUCUCGCUCCGGGACCCGGCGGCGAUGCGCUCCUUAGAGGAAGCGGGUUUCCGCAGACAUCCGGAAAACGCAUCCAUGCGCCACGGCCGCCCCGCAUCCCCAUGUUCUCCCGACAGCACAAAGCUCGGAUUCAAUUAGCUCCCCGYAGAAGAAAUGGACGCGAUGGGUGCGUCAACGCGGCCCCUGACGGGGCUUCGGAGCUCAGUUGUGCGAUGAGACGAUCAAGGAAUAAUCAAGACUUUUACUGCUACAUAAUCUGACAAUAUGGCUGAUCAGAGCAACAUCCAGUCUGCCGCCUCCAAAAGCAUCCGGCCCUUUAAAUCCAGCGAAGARUACCUGUACGCCAUGAAGGAGGAUCUGGCCGAAUGGCUCAACACCCUGUACGAUCUGGAGAUCACCGCGGACACCUUCAUGGAUGCGCUGGAAACGGGCUGCGCCUUGUGUCGGCACGCCAACAACGUGAACCGCACCGCGCAGGAAUUCCAGCUGGAGUACCCCGAGGCAGCCCGCUCCAUGAAGGUCCCGUCCAAAGACGUCGUCUUCCAGUCGCGCAACGUGGUGUCCGGCUCGUUCUUGGCGCGGGACAACGUUUCCAACUUCAUCGCGUGGUGCAGGCAGGAGCUCUGGAUCAAGGACGUCCUCAUGUUCGAGACCAACGACCUGGUGGAGAGGUGCAACGAGAAGAACUUCGUCCUGUGCCUGCUGGAGGUGGCGCGGCGGGGCUCCAAGUUCGGCAUGCUGGCCCCCAUGCUGAUCCAGCUGGAGGAGGAGAUCGAAGAGGAGAUCCGGGAUCAGGAGAGCCUGCGGAUCGACGGGAACGAGCAGAGGUCACCCAGCAGGUGCAAUGGUCGGAAGGACAGCUGUCAGAGUGUUGAAGAKGAAGAGGAGGAACCUGAACCAGAGCCACACAUCUGGCCGCAGAAGAGAAUCUUAUUGGACAUGAGGAAUUUGGAUGAGUUGGUACGUGAGAUCCUGGGCCAGUGUUCCUGUCCCGCUCAGUUUCCUAUGAUUAAAGUGUCCGAGGGGAAAUACAAAGUCGGAGACUCCAGCGCUCUGAUCUUCAUCAGGGUCCUUCGGACUCAUGUGAUGGUGCGGGUUGGAGGGGGCUGGGACACACUCGAGCACUACUUGGACAAGCAUGAUCCUUGUCGUUGUGCUGCUUUUGCUCACCGAUACCACCAGGCCAAAGCCAGUGGCCAAGGUCAGGGAGCCCAGAGCAAGUCCUCCAGCGCCCAUUCCUCUCGCUCCACCAGCCCGGGUCCACAUUGGAGAAACGAGGGCAUCGCGCCUUACAAAACUCCUGACAGGCGCUCCCUGGAGCCGCAGAGUGCGUCCUCCUCCUCCUCCUCCUCCUCCACGCGACCAGCUCAGACUCAGAACUCCUCUGCCCAUGCAGAGGUGGACUCUGGAGCCGCGCGUUCGCUGCUCCCGAAGCCCCCACGAGACCGCUCCGAGCAACGCCACUUUAAUCCUCUCAGGAAUAAAGAGACAAAGAGGCAGAUAACAAGACGUCUUUCUGGAGACAGUGACUCUUCUACAGCCUCCUCCAAAGGAGGAGGAGGAGGAGGAGGAGGAGGAAAGCGCUCAGUUGGCAGUUCCUCUUGGCACUCGGGUGAAGAGGUAGUGCUACUAGUCAAUCGCAAGGAAGGAAGGCACAUGAUUGAGAGGUCAGGUGCAGGAAAUCAGACUCCAUCCCAGAGACCUUCAGUGCCUCGUGCCCGCAGCAAAUCACAGGAACGGCCAUCGUUUGCUCCAACUCUUAAACCAAACCCAMCACAGGGGUCUUCUGAUGGAACACCUACGUCUCGCCCAGACAGGGGGCGCUCCCUAGGAAACGAUGUCCACAGAAGGCUCCAUCCUCCUCGUUCCCACAGCCAAACUAUGCUAACCAGCCGUACUUACUCAAGUGAUUCCAUCACUGGACACGCUUCCUCCUCUAGAGAUGUACAGCCGCCGUCAUCAGAAAGACGAGAGAACCUGGUGCCUAAACAGGUGCCCCCGCCCUCUCCGAGAGGUGGGGUUGGACUCACAAAGAGGCAGUCAUCUUCAUGCUCUAACUCCCCUAUUAAAGGAAUCCAGAGCAACAACAGCAGCCCCAACAAGAGAACUAUAACUACUCCCAGACCUCCAGCCCCUCGAUCACCAUCUAUAGGGAGAGGCAGACAGCUGCCACCUGUCACCACUGGAGGGCGUCGCUCAACACAGCCGUCUCCUCGCAGCACUUCUAACUACGCCACCCGCUCCCCUCAGAUCUCACAGGCUCCCCGCUCUGCUGGACGCGGCCAACCUAAAAACAGCUCUGGUCUGAAGCGUCAGGAGUCCAACGAAGAAGAUCUUGGUUUUGAAUACCAGACGCUGCCACCGUUAGACCCUCAGAAAGAACAGGACUUGUACCGCAGCUUUGAGGCUGAGUUUCUGGCCAAUACCCAGCAGGUUAAAGAAAAUUUAAUUGGAAAGGCUCCAGGAGGAGCAACCCUGCAGGUAAGCGGAGUUCAUCGUGUCCCUGCACUCACUGAGCCGAAUGUCUGUGACUCCUCCUCCAUAAAUGUGGGUGCGAGGACUGGAACUCUGCCUCACCUCAAGGAAUCCAAGAGAAUCGACCUCCGUCACUUGCCACAGGAGGAUCCUUUAAAUAUACUUUCUGGUCAAAAUCUUAGAGGCUCUCAUGAACAUUGGGGGGAGCGGAAAGGGGGUCUUAAAAAGCUUCCAGCCAUUUCAGGCUCAACAGAGGAGAAGGGACAUCCUCCUUCUCUGUCUAGGGAAACAGACAGGCUAAUGAAUCACAUUCCCUCCCAAUCUGCUUCCAACUGUAGGAAUAUGAAUGGAGAACUUGGAAGUUGUACUCCUUCAGGGGGGCUCACAGGUCAACAGAGUCAGCUCGACUCAAUGACUGAACACUUGCCACUAACAAACCACCUUCCAAACCCAACYUAUGUCCUAGAAAAUAAUGAUGACCUUCUGCCUCCAGAAGGUCAGUUACUUGUACCUCUUUCGCCCUCUGAGGACUGCUCCUUCCAGGAUUCCUCGAGCGAAAACUCUUCCACGUGUUUCAGCUUGAGCGAGUCGCGCUCAGACUCCUCCCCACCAUCUUUGCCCGUGACCAACAGGGAAAACGGGCAAAAGAACGCAAACGACGUAGACCCAGUCUCUAAGCACAAACUCGGAAGCUUCAGGCCUCGCACUGACAACAGACCACAAAACGCCCCCUCACGCAUCCCCACGCCAUUCAGCUACAAAGACAUGCACUCUCAUGAAACUCUCUCACCCUGCAACACACCACCGCUGUCUCCUAAGUGCUCCCACCCAUGCAAGAGCUUGCAGCAGGCCUUCAGCGACGCCCCAGACAACAAGGAUUGCUCGUACACUGCACAGAGUAGCCUGGACACUGAAGCUGUAGCACAAAACUGAUGGAAGCAGCUGUUUGUUGUCAUAAAGUUUGACUACUGUGUAAAAAAAAAGUCUUAAGUUUGGGCUGAAAACUGUGUGGAUUGGACGUCAAAUACACCCUUUUAAUUUAGCUUUUUUUUUCUUGAAUGACACUAGGGGUUCACAUUGCUUUUUUUGCACUCAGGCCAAAAUAUUUAUUACCAAAGGUAUGAUUUUAUGUUUAAUAUAAUUUUAAUAUAUAUAUUGGAAGGUGGGGGUAUGUUUCUAAACACAUGGUUAAUAAGACAGUUCUGAAACUCUCACAGUUGACUUUCAGAUAUAGAGAGCAUGUAUGCGUCUAUGUGCUCUACUAUGGUAAAGUGCUCAAUGUUUGAAGCUUCAUCUUUAUAAACAGCUCAAACACUAACUAUAGUCAAGUAGAACGGUUCUCCUAGUUUGUUAUAACCUCUCUGUUUACYCUGAUGGUCAAAAUACUGGUAUCGUAAUUAGGAUUCUCAACAUUACUGGUCACCAUGUGUGAUUUGCUAUAUUCACAUUAUACAGUAGAUAAAAGUAGCUCCUUCAUUCCUCAGAACUUAUAAAUCAUACAACCAAUUUCUUUACAACUGUACAAUGUURUUCCUGUACUGUGUCAGCUUUUUGCUAUCAGCCGGUAUCGUCAUUGUUCAUAUUUGUUAUUUAAUAUUAUUUUGUUUUAAGAUUAUUUUGAGCAGUAAAACACUUUAAUUUACAUUUUAAAGUGAAUUUAGUUUGAAAAAUCGAAAGGGUGUUGAGGUUUGUGUAACUUUUGUGUCAUUGUCACUGAAACUGAAYCGUUCGGAGCUCCUCCUCUGACCAAACUGCACCCUGGAGUUCAGUGUUUAUGUACAAGCAGCACGAGUCAAACGCUGAAGAGAUUGAAUGUGUAAAUACACGCCGAUGUGCUCCGUGAAAAGUGGGUGUUUUUGUAAAUACAGGAUGUGGAUACAGUUUUAAUGUACAUAUUUGCCGUUUUACCAUCUGUGCUGCCUUAGCUAUGCAAUAUUGGUGUUGGAAAAGCCUUGACAAUUCCCUUUUGCCUUAAAGCGUUUGUCACAGAAGAGAUUUUGAAUGUUUUUUUUUGCUUCAAUUUGGUGACAGUACAUUAGAAUUAUUUACUGUUUAUUGUCCUAAAGCUGAAGGGAUUGAGAGUGAAUAAUGACAAAAAAAAAAGAAUAUUGCCUAUUUUAAUCAUACACUAAACUUGAUAGCUGUUUUAAAUACAAUAAAUGACACAUCUAAUGGUGACAUCUAGUGGCUAAGACGUUUUACUGUAAAUUUAUUUUGUUUUUUACUCAUUCUGUUCCUUUUACUGCACAUGUUCAGACUGACGUGCUGAUGCUGAUUAGUGCCGAUAAUAAUGGAACAAUUGUUAGAUGGUUGAAGACGAACGGUAAUUUGAACGUGCAUAUGUGGAGGAAAAAAGUGCAUGAAUAAUAGAUACUGGAACGGAUWACAAGGCUGUCUGGUGAAGUUCUUAUUUUCACCAGGAGAGACUCCAAUUUAAAGAGACGACAGUCCUGUUUUAGAUAUCUGACAGUUUUAGACUUUGUAAAAAAUGUAUUUGAAAGUAAAAAGUAAAGGUUUUGGUGUCAGUGCCCUGCAGAAACGUCCAAAACAUCCUGCUUUUUGUUUCACAACAAAAGCAAGGGAAMUAAAUGUUUUUGCAUGACUCUAUCAGUGUAUUGGUUGAAAAGAAAGUAUAAACAAGUAUGUAUAUACGGUGUGGAAAUAUGUACAGUCUUGACGUAAAGAAAGGAUGGAUGUUGGUCUAAUUUAUUUAUUUAUGAAAUCAGCUCUCAGCUGGCUCAGGUGACAUCUGUGUCCAAAGUACUGUAAGUGAAUAAGUAUUUAGUGGAAUCCAUCAAUGUGAGACAUUUAAACAUCCAUCAAUUUCCUCAUCAACUAAAAAAAAUGUGGCUUUUUAAGACAAAUUUGAUUCUACCCCUCAACUUUCAAAAACGCUCAGAACCAAAAUAAUUUCUUAUCUUGGAUUUAUCCGUGUGGACAAAAAAAAAAAAACUAAAGGUUCUUAGUUUUAAGUUUUUUAUUUGAAUUUUGAUACACCAGUGGUUUAGAUCAUCCAGUUACAUGAGCGGUGAUUUUGAGGAAACAUGGAAGAAACUUUUAUUCAUAAAGAUGAUCAAUUUGAGAGAUAUGUUGUGCAAAUAUGGUAAUUUGAUUAAAGUCUCCAUCUUCAGCCUCAACCAGUGAGCUCUGAAUGUUUGUGAUGUGACACCAUUUUCUUCAGUAAGAUGUACAGAUUGCUUGACAUUGUGUAUUGUGUGUAUGCAAUAGCAAUACAGCAAUGUUUCACUUUUUUAAUUCUCAGAAAUGCUAUCAAAUUGUUGUAAUAAAUUUCUCUCCUGAAGUUUA